AUGGCUAUACUUGCAUUUUAUGAAAGUUUCACACCCACACCUACAAGUGUAAAGAUUGAAGGAGGGAAUGGGAAUGUGGCAACACAACAAAAUGCUUUGGAACAACUGGAACCUGACGAUUUUAAGGAUGUGACACCAACUAUUAGGAAAACUCAGAAGAUCAUUAUUAAGAAGAGAGAACCAUUAAAUUUUGGCAUCCCAAAUGGUAGCACAGGUUUCUCUAGUAGAUUAGAAGCUACACAAGAUCAGCCUUUCAUUCAUCAAUCUUCUGAAUUGGGUGACUUAGAUACCUGGCAAGAAAACACCAAUGCAUGGGAAGAAGAAGAAGAUGCAGCCUAGCAAGCAGAAGAAGUUCUGCGGCAGCAGAAAAUAGCAGACAGAGAAAAGAGAGCAGCAGAACAACAAAGGAAGAAAAUGGAAAAGGAAGCACAGCGGUUAAUGAAGAAGGAACAAAACAAAAUUCGUGUAAAAUAG